AGACCAGGGGUACAUUAAUGAGAUGGGUUCUUUACGGACUGUGCCGUUCUAUUUGUGGCGCUUUUGAAUUCCAAGGUGUUUUUAUCAUCGCUUUUGUGCCGGCCUUGAAUUUAUCAUGUAUUUGUACAAUGAAAAAUUUUGGGUCACCAUGGCAUGUUGAAAGUCCAUAUCAGUGUAGGUCUGUUUGACUGAGGAUUUGUACAGCGAAUAUUGCAGCAUGGCAAUGUGAUAGGGGAAGAAGGUUUUACUGCUUAAUCCAGGGGGACCCAUUCACCGAAAAUCCAGACAAAUUGUGGGAAAAUUGGCGGGAAGUUUCAAGACAGGGGACUUAAUGUGGUGCGUGCGAUGCAUUUUUGGAGUGCAUAUGUGAAAGCUGUCAUGUUAAAAGGACAUUUAAUGGAAAAAGGCAGACAUUGAAAUUUAAAUAAGAUGAAUCAACAUGGGAUUUAACCAUUGAUAUUGAUAGCAACUUGUACAGAUUAUUCAGUGAAGUUUGGAAGAAAUACAACAUCGGAUUCACACACCUACCACUGUUGAACGUCUCCCUUCUGUAGCGCAUGUCGUUUUGGAUGUUUUUUUACACAUAUUGUUGAUAUUGAUUAUUAGUGGUUUGUUUUAAGUUUUUAUCUUUGUUGAAUGCGAAAAGAGAUUUGAGAAUUCUCACAGGCAACACACACUGUCUUCUCUCACUGUCGACCGAAAAAUUGCGCUCCUUUUAUCGGUUCCCUUGACUGGAAUUUUUGUGUCUGAUCGUAAGAAACCCAGCAGUCUUUCAUUUUGGUGUGACAUCUUGUAAUGGCCAUGGUAAACAAUCUGUUAGCAAUUGGAAGUAACGUGAAGGACUCGCGAUGGCUGACCCUGGAGGUCUGUCGCGAGUACCAGCGCAAUAAGUGCACACGGACCGACACCGAGUGUAAAUUUGCACAUCCUCCACCCCACGUGGAAGUUCAAAAUGGCCGAGUGACGGCGUGCUUCGACUCCAUCAAGGGAAAGUGUCAGAGGAAAGACCCUCCCUGUAAAUAUCUCCACCCCCCUCAACACUUACGAGAACAGCUCCUACAGAACGGCCGGAAUAAUCUCAUCCUCAAAAACUUACAAAUGCAGGCCGCAGCAGCGCAGACGCUCAUACCGUCGACGGGAAUCGUACCCGGGAUGUUGCCCACCAUUGCCUCACCGAGCAGCAAGGGAUCUCUGGCUGCCCUGCCUGGCCUCUACCCCACGGGGCAGCUACCGACCGUUAUGAUGUCAAAUUGGGACCCCAAGGCCUUCUACUUUUCAGACAUGAUUCCCGACCGGGCAUAUGGAUGGUCAGGGGGGGUCGUGACAAAUGGACACCCUUAUCUUGCCGCGUCUGUACCCACCCCGACGUCUCUCUCCUACAACCCCUACACCCUGGGGAUGCAGACGAUGUCCGUGACCCCACCCUCUGUCAGCGAGUCGCCAUCCCAGCCCAUCUCCGGUGUAAUCCAAGCCGCCACAUCUAUAGCCCAGAAUAAAAUUACCAGGCCAGAUAGGCUAGAGGUAUGUCGAGAGUUUCAGAGAGGGUCUUGCACGCGACAGCCAAGUGAAUGUCGCUAUGCCCACCCCCCAGAUAGUGUAACAGUCGAGACGUGCGACAACCAGGUUACCGUUUGUAUGGACUUUAUUAAGGGGAAGUGUACACGAGACUCGUGUAAAUAUUUCCACCCGCCCCCUCACUUACAGGCUCAGAUCAAAGCAGCACAACAAAGGGCUAAUUCCUCUGCAGCACAGGCUCUGCCGCAAGUGGUAGAGGUCAUUACGAGCAAGAAGCGACCUCGAGAAAUCGCUGAUGAUCUAGUACUGCAAAGCCCAGUAUCCCAAGUGAUUCCCUAUAAGCGUGUAGCAGUGGCUGAUGGGAAGACCGGCAUGCCCAUGUACCAGCCGGGGGUCAACCCCCUCAUGUUCCAGCAGCACAUGGCCAUGCCUUUCCAGCAGGGAGGCUUCUUCCCAGGCACUGUCGCAUUCAAAAGUGCCCCACAAAGCACAGUCUAUCCUGGUGGGUCACCCUCUCCAGCCUUAUCACUGCAGCAGCAAUACGUACCUGUGUCAAUGCCAUUGGUUCUCUCCCCUGCGGUGCCUGACGCCGUGGUUACGCCCCCUCAAGCUGCCACCGCUGCCGGUCUGAUUCCUACUAACGUUCAUAACGUCAAUUAUUUUGACGCCAAUCAGCAGUUGCUGGACACCCUCCCAGUGUGCCUCGAUUUUAAGAUGGGGCGCUGUAGUCGGCCAUUGUGCGACAAAGUGCACAUAUUGCAUGACUAUGUUGAAGUGACGGAUGGACGUGUUGCCGUGUGUCGUGAUGCGGUUCGCGGGAAAUGUUCACGCCCCAUGUGUAAAUACUAUCACAUCCCCGUCACCCUGCCACCUUCUAAAUGACGGGGAAGCACUGGACAAUAUCAUACACCAAGCAAUGGGAGUCUCCUAGGGAACACUACACUACACAACACUUAUUUAUAGUUUGAUUUUCUUCAAAAGACAGUAUUGGAUUGAGAGACUGAUGCAGUGUGGAGGAGGAAGACGAACGAGAAAGCCAAAUCUUUUUUCUCUCUAUCUCUCUCCGAUAUAUCUCCAGAUGCCAUAUGACCACUGGUGCUAACGCAUAUCAUGUUGACUUCUUCAUCCGUAUGUUGAAGACCAAUGCAUGUUCGUUUUUCUAUUUUUUCUUUUCAAAAGAAGAAAAAUAACAAUGGCUUUUCUUACUCUCCGCACAUCAGUGUAUAGUUGCGUUAACGAGUAUUUUCGCUCAAUUUUUUCUCUGUACGCAAGGACGAACUCUCCACAGAAGAUCAUAUCAAGUUCUUUGUUAAGAGUAUUUUUAUCGCAAUUUUUUUUUAUUUCUAUGGUUAAUGACCUAACCAUAUGUGAUACAUACUUUUUCAUGAUUUUUUUUUUAAAACUACGCAAGUUGUAGAAAUUUAAUUGGGGCUAAGAAAGACAUAUUUUACAUUGAAUAUUUGCUUAUUCGCUUAGAACUUUAGCCGCACUCCCAAAGCUGCUGUAUGGGGCUGUAUAUUGCUAUAAGGUCAUGGCCACUUGUAGAAGCAAGGUCACCGCUGACAGAUAUCUUGACUAUGGUGCAUAUGUAUUCAUUAUUAUAAAUAUAUAUCUCGUUUGUUUUGUUGAUUUGUCAUGAUACUGUCGGACUGACCCUGCUUGUAUAAGAGGGACAAGAAUCUUAUUAAGAUGGCCUAUGUACAUGUACUUGUAUUAUAAAUGAAACGCACCCAUCCUUGGCUUGAACAUAUAGUCUGUGAAAUGAAUGCGUCACAUAUUUUAUGAAUUAUGAAUCUAUAUUUAGAGUCGUUAUAGGUCUAGUUUUAGUUUUUUUUCGUGAACUGUUGUAAAAUUAUAUAUUUUGAUGAUAUGAAAGUGCAAUUUUAUGAGGUGCACACUAAUAAUGUUAUAUGAACAAUUUUUUUUCAAAACAUGUGCCAUAUAUACCUUUUUUCUUUUAAUCUUUUUUUUUAAAAAAAAGGAAAAAGAUUGAAAAGUUUGCUGACUAAUAUGUCCCAGAAAAUAACAUGCCAAUUACUAAAACUUCUGCCGAGUUUUGAUAUGGUUUGCCAUUUUGGAGAAAUAGUGCUGUAGAAGAAAUCCGGCUUUUGACCUUGGCCAGGUCAAGGUUAGUGCUAUUUCCUGUGUUUUUGGUAGAGGGUUCUGAACCCGUACACCUGUUUUAGCCCAAUAGUGCACAGCUACCUACACAAAUCUUGCAGCAAAUAUGUGCCAUAUUUGGAAAUUUUAACCUAUCCAGAGGUAUAUUUACACCCACUUACAAACUGCUAACAUAAAGUCAACAGAUUCUUCCAGAAAACAAAUUAAAUAAAACCUUAACCAUAUGUAUUUUUUUUUCUCUCUGAAGUAAUUAUAUUAAUAUGAUAUACAUACGUUUCUUUAUCGUGAUUUAUGAUUGGUGCAUGUUGUCAAGGUCAUGUGACUUACUUCAGCCAUUUUUGAGAACUUUUUUUUCAUCAUGUGAUUUUUUUUUUCUGUGUGUUGGUUGAUCAGAUGAAAACUUGUGUUCAUGUAAAUAUCUAUAUAUCAAUGAUAUCAGUGUAGUGUGUAUAUUUUAUUGUCUCGGUACCAAUCUAUACCAAUGGUUUUCUCAUUUGACAAAAAAAAAAAAAAUUAAAAAUGGUACAUAGGAGUGAAUACUGCCAUGUGUUUAUAAAGUGGGGAUGUUUUAUUUUCAAAUUUUUUCGAUGUAGUUUAGGAGAGAGAGAAAAAAAACAGGGUACAGGGGAAAAAAAAUAAAGAAACUAGAGGUGGGAGCCAAUCACAAUAAGGUUAUAUGCAUAAUAGAAUUUCUCGCACCUUUUUAUUUUCCUUUAAUGUAAUGGCAUUUAAAUUUUACUUUCACUUUUAACCAAUGGAGAUGAAUACACCAAGUUUUAAUUGCCAUUCUUUGAACUGUCUUUCCGUUGUUAACAUUGCAUUUUUCUUGUUGCAAUUAAAAAAUAUAUAAUUGUUUCUUAUAUUACAUAAAAACAAUAGUUGCUUACCUUUUGAUGGAAGUUUUUUUUUAACAAAUGAGAAAAAUAUUAUACUAUUAAAGGGGCAUAUGAACUACAUAUAUGUACAAACUUGGAUAUGCCAGCAUUUUUUUAAUUCUUCAUUGAUAUAUCAUUAUAUAGACUACAAAAGGACUGGUUCACUGUUUUAAUUAUUGUGAUACUAGUAUUCAAUAGACUAUUUUACUUUGUUAUGUGAAUUGUAAUGAAAUUUCAUUGUCAUGUUAUAAAUCAUUGUGAAUGACUGAAAAUCUUUGCUCAUAGCUCUACAAAAAUGAAUUACAACCGGAGGCAUUAUCCGUAAGAAUUUUCAUGAUUCUGCAAAACCACUUUGUGAAAGAAAGGCAUUUAGAAACCCAUUUGGAGUAUUUUGUGAAACGAGUUGCAUUAGAAUGGACUUUGAGCAGAGAUAGUCAGCGGCCAUUUUGUGAGGUGUUUGUGUGAUUGUAAAUAUUACAGAAAAAGGGU